AUGACAAAUCCUAAGAAAAGAGCAGAGAAACAUGAAGCAGCAAGAAAUCGUGAAGAAGCGUUGCGGAAGGCGAGGAAGGAUGCAGAAGAGGAUGCUAAGUGGUCUAUUGGAGUAAAAGCAGUAAAUGUAAAAAAAGAACGAGAUUUGCAGAAAAAACAAGAAGCAGCUGAAAAAAAAGCAGAGAGAGAUGCUCUUGAAGCAGAGGAAAUGCGAAAUAUUUCUUCAAAAAGUCAUGGGCGUAGAUCGCAAAAAAAGACAGAUUAUAAACUUUCUAUUGAUAAUUCUUAUGAAAAGGAAUGUCCUAAGACUUAUUCCGCAUCAAAUAUUGAUGAUGCUUUGGAACUACUUUCAUUACAAACUAAAGGAAAUGCAAAAAUUAUAUCAGAAAUCGAUAGACAUCCUGAACGGCGGUAUAAAUCAGCUUUACUGGCAUAUGAAGAGCAGCGAUUGUCUGUUUUAAAAGAGGAACAUAAGGGUUUACGAUUGCAACAGUAUAAAAAUAUAAUUCAUAAAGAAUUUAGUAAACAUCCAGAUAAUCCGAUGAAUCAGUUAACAUCUAAAUAUAAUGCAACUAAGGAUGAAUUAAAAGAGAUUUCAGAAAUUGAAAGAAAAAGAAUUGAACAACGUUUUGAACAGAAAUAA